AAAAGUUGGUAUUAUAUUAUGCACGUUUUGUUUGUGGUAGUGCAUUUUUCAAUAUAUUCGUAUGCGACAUGCGACAAUAUAUUGAAUUGACAGGUGUUUGAUGAUAGAAUAUAGUAUUACGUUUUUCGUGUUUUUUUUUUAACUUUAUUACCAUAUUAUUACCGUAUUAUUCAUUUUUUGUAAGUGUUUUAAGAUUCUAGAAAAUUGCCAGCGAUGCAAUGUAUCAAGUUUUCAUUAGCGGAUACCGUUUGGCCGAAGUGUCACACGGCAAGCCCUAUUAUGUUUACUGUAUUGAGGUUUUGGAAUCAGAAAGUGGUAUUCGAUAUUUUAUCGAGAGAAGAUACAGCGAAUUUAACGCAUUACAUCGCACGUUGAAGAAAGAAAAUGCGGAAGUUGCUCCGUUUCCGCCAAAAAAGGUAAGAAAUUGCCAGCCAAAAGUGCUCGAGCAAAGGCGAGCCGCAUUGGAAUUGUACAUUCAAAAAAUGUUAAGGCUUUCAACUACGAAGCAACAGGUUCUCAAUUUUCUAGGCAUAGAAGAUCGAACAUCAGGUGUGUCAUAUAAAAAUACGUUUCAAUAUAAGGAUACGGAAGAUUCGCAAUACGUUGACACCAGUGCUUUUAGUCAUCAACCUGUGUUAACUUUCCAUUAUGAUCCAUACGUUGAGUCUGGUUCUAUGUCGAAUAGUCUUCCAGAUAUAGUGAUUAAUGGUGUGCUUUCCGGAAUAUAUAAGUCCUGAGAAGCUUACCUUAAGUUGCAUAUAGUGAUAUCUCCCAUGAAAAGUAUUAAAAUAGUAUAUUUUAUGGGAAAUUUCAGCUCUCUAUUAUAAAUCGUAUAAAAAUUAAGGAGGCCGUUUUUAUCCAUUAUUUUUAUCUCACAAAAGAUAAAACGGUGGGUGUAUGUCGAUAAAUAUACACAUAUGAAGAAAUAAGUGCUUCCAUUUUAUACAUAUUCUAAUGUCUUUAAUUUCAUUGUCGCUAUAUACAACAAUUUCUAAUCUCUUUUCAAUUAAGAAAAGAAGGAAGAAUUUACAAUCUUUUGCGUUUGAAUCAAUCAGUCAUUAUUUUCUCAAUCUGCGAUAUAUUUAGAUAACAAGAGUAAUUUCUUAUUAGUGUAUUCAAGAUAUGCGAAAAAAUAUACGCUCUGUUAUAUUUGAAUCAUCGUCUUGUUUAUUUCAUCUCAUUAUUCUCAGAGUUUACAUUAUUUGUGACAUUCAUCUUAAUUCUAUUUAACUUUACUGGAUAUUUGGAUUGUAAAUGUAAAUGUAACUCAUAAGCGGAUCUCUUGCGGUAUUUCUUAUUCGCAUUAAUUCGUUUACUACCGUUUAAAGGAAAUCACGGUCACUUAAAAAUCCAUCAUCGAUAUAUUUUAUUUUCCGAUAGAUAAUAAAGUAUAUAUCGCGAUAGCAUUUUUUCCGCAUCGACAGGACAGCGUUCAUUCAUUUUCUUAUGAGAUGAUAUUUUUUAAGCAACUAUUAAUAUCGAAUGAUAAUUAUUAUCAUGAAAAAAAAGAACACGUUUUUAACUGAUUCCAAUCAGAUAUACAACGCAAUGAUAUAUACGCUUCUUCUUCUUUUUUUUUUUUAUUUUUUCGAUUUUAUCCAUUUUUUGUCGCUGCUGCUGAUAGGCAAUUACGCGAUUAGCAAGUGAUUGAUAUAAUGCCUGAUUGUGAAUAAUUAUAGCCACGAGAUUUUAGUUGUCUCUGCCUUUGAUCGGACCUAUUUUAAAUCUGUCUAUAGAACGCUAAAUGGGCAGAGAUAUGAAAAUGGUGUGAAUUUCAGGCGGUGUAAUUCAUUUUGGUCCACUGGAUCGGGCAUGUUUGUCUUGCACUCGACGCGCAGUUUUUUUGUUUUCGAUGGACUUUUUUUUUUGCUGAAAAAUAGGAAAUCUCUUUUUUUUCGGUUUCACGGUCGCGACGUUUUUCUUUUCUUGCAUUAUUAUUAUUUUUUUUCUUUAGAAAAACAUGGAAAAAUGGUACACAUGCAAACCGGAAACGCCGUGACAACGGUAGUAAUCAUAUAUGUAUAUUCGCGAUAGUAGGACCUUAUUUUUGUAUGUACAACUUACAAUCUUUUUUUUUAUGCUGUUAGAAGUAUUAAUGUCAUGGUAAUAAACUGAACCUUCCAAAGGUGAACGCCUCGUACCUUUCUUUUUUUUUUUCAUUUUAUAUCAAAUGCAUUAAAUGUAUAAUUAUAUACAAGCUCCUCAGUCUUGUGCGAAGUGUAAGACGAUUUUAGAUUCUAGCACUUCCGCCUCGGUCUAAACUAAUCGUUUACGAAUAUUAUGUAUCGAAUCAUUCUUUUCUGACAAACGUUUCGUUUCUUUUUCCCCCUCUCCUGUUCCGUUCUUUUUCAUUCUUUACGCGAUCGUAAUUAUUAUGUAUCGAGCAAACGAGUCGAAAGAUGAUUAAUUUCAUUUCUCAUAACACGAUUCUGUUGUUUCAUUAUGAGCUGAUGAUGAGAUAUAAAAAAUUCAUUGAAUAAUACAUAGCGUUUAAUUAUUGUAAUUUAGAAGCUUAUUGGCCGUGCGUGGCAGUUUGUUGAACUUUCAAAAUCAUUUCGGUCCGAUCACAAUUUUCGAUUCGAUCGUUCAAUCUCAAUUCGACUCGCUUUUCUUCAAUGCUUCGAAACGAAACGAACGUAAAAAUCUAAACUAUGGGUACGUGUAUAUUUAACAUAAUGAAGAAAAUAUUAUAGAAAA